CCCUUCACUUUCUUUUCUCGUUUUUCUCUGCUUUACCCCCAAAAAAUAGCCUCUGAUUCUCAUUCUAAAUUACGCGGACGGCCCCCUACUGGGUUUUUUUUCGGUGGUUGGUGUUGAAAUUGUAAGAAGGGAACGGGGAAAUUUGCGAUCGGACGGAGGCGGCUAAGACGGCGGAGUUGUUUUGGCUAACGAUGAUGGAGUGCGGCUUAUGGAUAUCCGCGGGGGAUCAUCAGAACAAGAAAGGAAAUUCUAAUAACAAUAGUUUGUGGGGGUUUAACAACGAAAGCGAACAUGAUUUGGCUUUGAUGGUCAGUGAUUUCUUGGAAAACAACGGGGGUAGCGCCGGCGCCGAUUCUUGGUGUAGCAGCGAUACCGACUCCGGUUUAUCCGAUCUCAUCAGCCUCUCUGAUAAAAUCUCCUACCAUAAGCACUCGGUGUGUCAGUAUGACUUGGACUUAUUGUCUGUGGUUCAUUCGCUUAUAUUAUCGAUGGUCGAGACGCACCUACACUAUGUGAAGUCGGGUCCGUGUAAUGCCAGUUGCAUCAGAUAUUAUCUGGUAAAGCUGUUGAGGCUUUCUGGCUAUGAUGCGGCUGUUUGUGUAUCGAGGUGGCAGCGUAGUGGCAAAGUUCCUGGAGGUGAUCAUGAGUAUAUUGAUGUGGUCAAUUACAACAACGGGAAUUCUGAGCGAUUGAUUAUCGAUAUAGACUUCCGAAGCCAUUUUGAGAUAGCUAGAGCAGUUGAUUCUUACGAUCAAAUAUUGAAUUCACUACCGGUUGUCUAUGUUGGCUCCUGGAUUCGGUUGAAACAGUUGCUUCAACUUAUGGUUGAAGCUGCUCGGUCGUCUCUCAAGCAGAACUCAAUGCCGUUCCCUCCAUGGAGAUCUCUUGCUUAUUUGCAGGCAAAGUGGCAAUCACCAUACCAGCGACAGAUUGCUCCUAUUGAACACAAUAUUAGCGGCAGCAACGUUUGGUCCGGCCAUAAACAGUGCAAAGGGCACUUAAGGAGGCUGCAGCCUUCUCUUCAGUCUGAACUAGAAGCAGAACGACUAUUGAAACCCAUAAACAUCGAUAACACCCAAAAAUUGAAGCAUGAGAGGGCUCGACGCUCUUCAUUCAGGGCUCUCUGACAUGCACAGAUUUUGAUCCGGAAGAUCGGAAUUCUUUUUGUCAUUUUUGUGAGAGAUGAAUUGUAUCGCGGCGUUUCUUUUAGCUAUUCUUUUUUCUUGGUAGUGAAUAACACGGACCUCAGAAUGAAAUGUAGGUUCAUAUAGCCGACAACGGAGUCAAUAACACAGCAUGCUUUGUCUUUCGGACAUUUCUACGUCGCGUCGGUAAGUACCGUAUUGCGGAAUUGUUUGGUCCGAAACAACCUGAAAAGUCGACUACACUAUAUAGAUUCAUAUUUGUUUCCCCCAGCCUGUUGUUUUUACGAGGUCGGGAAGUUUGUUCUUAGAUUUUUUCGCUCUUUCUUUUUCAUAUGUGAUUUCGUUGUGGAAAAUAUGGCUUCAUAUCUUAUGCAGCCAUCAAGAACAUAAUGCUUUGAUUACAAAUUUACAACAAUAUGAAAUAGAAUAUAGUUUGUUU